AGAGCCAGCCUGCUCCACCCGUUUGCCUACGGAGCGAGAGUAAGCCAACACCGUACUGUAAUAAAUCCCGCGCGGAUUCAGCCGCACAUUUUCCCGUCAAUCAAGGUCGUUUCGCCCUCAGUCAGUCAGCACCAACACCACCGCGCACCCGUCACUGCCCGGCUGACGGUACAAUGCCGCUCAGUGGAAGCUGCUUGUUCUGUACCGACCACUAGAAACAGGCAGCCAUGCGAUGACACGCGUGCGAUGGAGCUCAGCUCGCCGAUCCCUCUCGUGAUUUCCGCUGGUGAAACCCUCUGAGGACUGUGUUCUCUAACAACAAAUCCAGGAGGAAUCGCCGUUUCUAGCUCGCCCUGUCUGUACAGCAGAUGCGCGGCCUUAUGAGUUAGUGGUUUUAAUCGGCAAAUAGUUCGGGUUUAAUAAGUCUUACUGGGCUCAAUCUGGACCCACCGCGCCCUCCGAGUCCAUCGGAGAGUCGUCCGACGUCGGCCUGUAGGCUGCUUGACUUUCGACCGUUUCUGCCGUUUUUUUCGAAAACGGGAUAUUACUGGCUUUUUGCUGCGUGGAGUGCGCCGUGUAUAGUGACUAUCAUGCAUGGAGCCGCCUCGCGGCGGCCUGAGACUCGCGCUCCGCUCCGACCUCCGCUUUCGCCGCUCGGGACGUUUUGCGGAGCGCCAGCACACCGUCAACAUUCUGGGCAGGGCAUACGGGCAGCUGAAAAAACACUACCGGCUAGGGCCAGAGCUCGGUUGCGGCGCCGCGGGCUCGACGUAUCUCACCCAGUGCUUGCGGCCCGGGCAGCAUUACGGGCAGCUGUUCGCUUGCAAGUCGAUCGAGAAAGCGCGGCUCGCGGAGCCGGACGACGUGGACGCGGUUCGGACGGAAGUGGCGGCAAUGGAGGUGCUACAGGGCGCGGCGCAGGUGGUUCGACUACACGAAGUUUUAGAGGACGAGCAGGCCGUCCACGUCAUCAUGGAACUAUGCGAAGGAGGCGAUCUCUUCAACCACCUCCUAAUUAACGGCCGAUUCCCCGAGCGAACCGUGGCGCACGUGGUUAAGACGCUCGCCGACGCGCUUGUCACCUUCGAACGCGUGGGUCUCGUUCAUAGAGACUUGAAGCUCGAAAACAUCUUCGUUUCUGGGAUCGCCAGUACGGAAAUUACAGCAUCGGGAAACAGCGGCGACGGGUUUAGCGACGGCUUCCCUGGCGCGUCUUUCGGCGUUCAUUGCGCCGACUUUUAUGGGGCCUCAGGGGGCGUUAAAUGCUCCGAAUCUCAAGGCUUCUGUGCUGGCGCUGGCGGCUUGGUCACUAUUGCUACAAGCGGCAGCAGCGGCUCUUGUGCAAGCUCUAGCAGCCGUUGCGAUUAUAACGUACAUCGUACAACUAAUAAGCAUGACUACAGCAGCAGUGGCAGCUUCGGCAGCAGCAGCAGCAGCAGCGGCAGAACCGCCGCCAAUCACGCUCAGCUCAACAGCUCCGAAUGUACUCAUUCGUCCAACAGAAGCAGCUUUAGCGCAUGCAGCGGAAGUAUAACUUACAGUCGCUGUUUUUGUCACACGAGCGGAGUCACGAAUAGGGGUAACGAUUCUUCGCCGUUCUCGCUGCCUAGCAGCCGCAGUGGAGUGGUUCCGACGUGGACAGCUGCGACGGCUGCGAAUAACGUCCAAGGGACGCGCGGCGAGAAGCUGCGAAACGCGGCACCUAUACGCGUUCGCGUGGGCGAUUUCGGAGUUUCCGCGUUCGUUAAGCCUGGCGAAAAGCUUUCGUCAGUUACAGGCAGCCCUUACUACAUUGCUCCCGAGGUUUUGCAGAACUACUACGGACCCGAAGCAGACGUUUGGAGCCUCGGGAUUGUCGUGUAUAUGCUACUGUGCGGUUACCCGCCAUUUUUUGCGGACGAACCAGUUGGGAUUUUCGAGAAGGUGCUGGGAGGUGGAGACGCUGACGUGUCACAUGGCCCAUGGAAGUCGAUUUCCGGGCAGGCGAAAGAUCUAGUGUCAAGAUUGCUGGUUAGGGAUCCUGCGAAGCGGAUAAGGCCAUCAGAAAUCCUCAGUAAGAAUAUCACCGUUUUUGUCAUUAUGUUCCUGGUAUUGUUUCUGCCGCUCUUUAUAUUUUCAGAAUCUCCUAAGCCCAUCCCUCGCCUUUUGCCCUUUUCCCUUGGUGCUUUCCUUUCAGAGCAUUCAUGGCUCCUAAGGCAUACAUCAAAAGCAACACCCUCAACAGCAGCACCUUCAGCAUCAUCAUCAUCAUCAGCAGCAGCAGCAGCAGCAACAGCAGAAGCCACAAUGACUGCUCGUUGUGGCCCAUCUUUCAAGCCUCUUCGCCCACUUUCUGUCCAGCUGCCAACUCAAGAUUCUCCUCAUGACUCGCCACAUCAGCAUUCUGCCCGCUCGCUGCGCCACCAGUCUGCAAGAUCGCGACACCUGCCGUCUGCCAUGUCACCACAUGACCUCUCCAUCAGCGUGCCACAUCACCAGUUUCAACCAGCCACCUUCUGUACAGCCGACUCCCCUCGCUCCUCUGUCACCUCUCCUCAGCCCUCUGUCAACUCCCCCCGCCCUUCAGUCAACUCCCCCCGCUCCUCGUUCAACUCUUGCCGUCCUUCAGUCAACUCUCACCGUCCUUCAGUCAACUGUCCCCGGCCCUCAGUCAACUCUCCUCACCCCUCAGUCAACUCCCCUCGCUCCUCAGCCAACUCCCCCCGCCCCUCAGCCAACUCCCCCCGGCCCUCAAUCAAGCAUAUAUCAGGAGGGGUGAAGAAUAAGGGAGGAGGAGAGAAGAAGGAAGGAAGGGGAAAUAAGGGGAGAGCGUGGCAUAAGGGGGACUUGUCUAGAAGCGGUUCCCUGGACGCACAUACUCAUAUAGAGCACAGCAAACAGGCUAUUACACAGGCUGAUAUACGCACAAGGGCAGCAGCAGCAACAGCAGCAGUAGAAGCAGCAGCAGCAGCAGGAGUACCAGCACCAGCACCAGCACCAUCAGGAGGAGGAGGGUCUUUUUCCACUGGCUCGGCACGCGACCAACUGCCACGCGCAGCUACUCCCCUGCUUCAUCGGCAAUACCCUCGCCAUCGUCCAUUCCUCAAGUCUGCCUCCGACAAAGCCGUUGCACCACCAGCAGCACAACCUAAGAAUCCAAAUAGGUCGUUUAGGAAAUCCGCCUCCAUGCCUGCAGCAAGGACUCUCCAUGAUUCUAGAGAUCAUCCUGACCGUCCAAUGCUGCUGAUGGACCCGACUCCCGAGGCUCCCGAGGCUCUAGAGUCACCUCAAAGCCUGCCCAGAAACACACAGUUGCUGUGCAAAUCGCCUGGCGCUUCCUCCCGUGUGCAGCCAGACGGCCACUCCUCCACUGAGUGUGGCUUCAGUGCCGAAAACACGACUCAAUCUUUGCCUGGGGACGCUCACCCAAGCGCAGCAGAUGGCAAGGACCGCACCCGGAUCUCCCGAACGUCCAGAUCCAUGCCUGACCUCGCUCAAGCUGCUUCGAUUAAAGCCCAACCUGAUGGCACCACCUUCAUUAACACAAGUGCGCCCAAGCCUACCCCCAUCAUCAACGGGGGUGUGCCCAAACCGCCCAAGUCCCUCCUGUCCCAUUUGUCCACCUCGUCAUUUCCUGCACGGGAAACUGCCAUGGCCGAGCCAUCACUACCCUUCAGAAAUUCUGCAGGCAACCCAUCUCGUUAUGGGGGGGGGAGGUUGACUCGUGAUGUGGUGGGGGUGAUAGGUGUGAAAAAAGGGCGUCCAAAGAGGGCCAUGCAUCGAGUGGAGGAGGAUGCAGAGGUAGCAGCGAUUGGAGAUGUGCGUGGAAUUUCGCCUGGCGAUAGUCAUCUAAGUCUGCUUGGCUCAGCAUCCAAGGGGCAUGCUACACUCGCUUCAACUGGUACUGCUGACGGUGCUGCUGUUGCUGCUGGUGCUGCGGGUGCUGGUGGUGCUGCUGUUGCCGGUGCUGCCGGUGCUGCUGUUGCUUCUGAUGCUGGUCCCUUCGCCAGCACAUUCCCUCCCAGGCACCACGGUUCUCCUUUCCUGCACCCCAAGCCUCUUGCUCGCAGCACUUCGCAUUCUUCAAUUCCAGCAGCAUUUUCAAUCUCGCCAUGUCAUUCUCGCAGCAGCUCCAGAUGCAGCCUAGAUCUCGAUUCUUCAGACUUGCAUAUAACGCCCAGUGUAAUCGCAACCUGAAUCAGUGUACCAUAAGUGCUGCUUCACGUGGGGGCCUUUUCUUUGAAAAACGGAGUCUUGAUGGAAUGGUUCUACUCGAUCAGCUCUUCUUGAAUCCUUGUCCUACAGCACUUAACCGUAGAGAUUGAC